CUCUCUUCCCCCUCAUCUUAAUGAUCAAUGUGUGUGUCUCUCAUAAAAAGGGCCCAAAAGGGGUAAACAAGUCCAGGUCAGGCAUCCAGACAAUCCAAUGACGUCAGACCAGCUUCAUCACUUUCACACUCCAGUGAUGAGGAAGCUGUGGUGUAAUGUUUGAGACACAGACAGCAAGAAAAGAGAGAAAAGAAACAGAGAGGGGGAGCAGGAAGGAGAAAGGAGUGUGGGUGAAUAGAGAGAAAGAAAGGCUGAGUUCCUCAUAAGCCGACAGAGCUGCACAGGACCUCAUAAACCGAGGAGACGAGGCUGUAUCUGCACCACAGCCGAGGACGACAACAAGCAGAGAGUCUAGAUUUACUAACCUGAGGAUAUCACUCACCUAACAUGAUGGAAGUGGUUCUAACCAGACUGCGGGACUUCUCCUGCAAGACCUCCACCUUUGAUGAGAGUAAACCAGCAGAACAGGCGGCAUGCCGGGACCCUCGGAGCAGGAUGAGUGAAGGGUGCACAGCUGGAGAGGAGGGAAGGAAGCUGGACAUAGAGAGUGCUUUGGCCUGGCUGCGAAGAGAGCUGGUAAGAAAAGAGCUCUCGUUAAGUCUCAAUAUGGACUCCAAAGUAUUAUCUAAAGCACUGUGCGUAAUAUAUGUCCAAUUUCAGGGUGUUUAAAGUUACUUAUUAAACAACAAUACUAAAAGUUAAAUUGUUUUUUUUACCAAUAAAAGAGAUAAAAAGAAUUAAAAUGUGAUAUAAUGUGAUGGAUUUGAGGUCCUACCGGUCCACAUAGGUGUUACAGGUGCAGCUAAUUGGACCUGCUCGGGCUUAAAUGGUGCAAAUCUGCAUGUGUUAUGAUAUUCUUGUUUUCCAUUCAAACAGGGAACACAAAGUCAUAACUUGUCUUGAGCUUGAGCUUCUUCUACUGAAAAAUCUCAACGCUAAGCAAGUGUUUUUGUCCUGUUUUUCUUGUAAAAUAUGUCUUAUUAGACUUGAUAUCAGCAGGAUUCACACAACAAAUCCAGAUAAACAUGUUAUAUUUAGAUGCUACAAACUGAAAAUAAGCGCUGGAUUCCUUAUGGAGGACUCAGUGUUUAACUCUGGCAGGAAAUAUCUCAAAAUAAGACAUCUUUCUGGACUUGCAAGGAGAAAGCGGCUACAAAUAAGAAAAAAACUCGUUCUUAGUUUUGAGUGUUUGCAGAAAAAGUGUGGAAAUAUUAUCUCUGUUCUAUUGCAUGAGAGACUAGGUAAAAAUAUGCACAAGUAACUUUUGCAUGUGGUCGGUAAGAGGAGCUGGUUUGGCCUUUAAAUUCAUUCCACAGAUAAAGAAUUACAGAGGACAUCAACUGUUGCCAGGAGAAGUUAAAUGCACCACAGCAGGAGCUCAGAGGUCUCCCUUUAUGUACAUUUUUAUAUCAUGCACUUCAAUUCAAGAAGAAGCAUCAGAGCUUUUCAAAUCUUGUUAUUGAUCCCAUUUUUAUAUAUCUCACACCACUGACAUGUCCAGUGUGUUGUUACCUCCACAGUAGAGAGCGGACUUGCAGUGAAUUGAACCUCUCAGGCAGAAGUAAUGGCAUAAUGAUAUUAAAGGCACUUGAUGUCUGUUGUGCCGGUGGUCUUGAGUCAUUUGUCUCCCCAACAAAACCAUGUCCCGGUCACAGUGACUGUCUUUGUCCGAGGAGCUCGAGUUAUUACCUUUUUGUCCCUAAUUUGUGUGUAGUUUGUGUUCUUACAAUGUCAGCCCUUUUAAAACUGUCGUUGUUAUUCAAAGACACUGUGUGUGGUUGUGAAAGCACAGUUAUGUGUGUCUCUGUUUGCACCUCCGUGCGGCUCAUUGUCAUAGCCUAAUAUAUCACUCGAAGUUUGGAGCAUUCAUCCAGACGGCUCGUCAUGGUAACAGAAUGUCCUGAGCUAACAGAGAGGGAGAAACCACGUGUCUGAGUUUGAGCUCGUGAAAACAGGCCGUAAAAACAGAGGCUGCUCACUUAGUUUGACGAGAAAUCCACAGUUUCAAACUUUAUCUCCUUGAAAUACUUUUUACAGGACAGAUCUUUUUUUUUUUUUUUUUUUAAGUUUCACAAAAACCACAUUUUCAUUUAUUUAAGUUGUUUUUGAACAUCAUUAUUAAUAGUGAGGAGAAAAUAAAGAAUUUGUGCCCAACUUGAGAGAAGCACAGGCUAAGUUUUGGGAUCUGUUAGAAAUAAUGAUAACAAUAAUAAUAAUAAUAAUAAUAAUAAUAAUAAUAAUAAAUAAACAAAUAAAUGAAUAAAUAAACAAAUAAAGAAAGAAAAAUAAAAAUAAAUAAAUAGAUACAAUAAUAAUAAAUAAAUAAUUGUAAUAACAGAAAUAAUAAAUACAUAAAUAAAUAUAUACAAAAUAAAUAAAUAAAUAAAUAAAAAUAAAAAUCAUCAUCAUAAUAAUAAAAAUGAAAAAUAAUAAGAUAAUAAUAAAUAUAUAAAUACAUAAAUAAAUGAUACAUUAAUUAAUAAAUAAUAAUAAUAAAUAAUAAAUUUAUCACAAUAAAUACAAAUAUAAAUUAAUAAUUAAUACAUAAAUAAAAGUUAUAAAAAUAAAUCAUUAUUAUUAUAAUUAUGAUGAUAAUAAUGAUAAUAACUGUAACAGAAGAGGAAUAAUAAAUUAUUAAAUCAAGGAAUUAGAGCAAAUAAAAGGGCAAAAAGAAAUACUGAGUUGGAGUAUAAACAGAAAAAAGUGGACCCAAAAUUGAACCUUGUGGCACACCACAGGUGAUAGUAGAGGAGGAGAAGUGGUCGCCUGUGCUGACCACAAAGGCGCCGUCUUAAAGGUAAGAUAAAACUCAAAAUCUAAUUUCCUCUUAUCUCAACGUGUCUCUCAAACACACGUUGACGAUACUCAACUUCAGCGGUAUUAAACCAGGUUUUCAGUCACUUGAGGGGAAAGUUACAUUCUUUGGCUGAUGUUUUCAACGCAAUAAAACUUCACCAUCAAAGAAGUGCCAAGUUCAAGUUUUCCUACAGACAGAGGAGAAAAUAGCGAGCAAUGACUCGUUCAUACACAACCUACCAAUCUAGACAUUCCUCAACAGGUUUGUAACGGACAGUAAAUCAAAACACGCAGACAGAUGCAGACACACAAAAGAGCUGAGAUUUGGCACUGGGAGGAGAAACCCAGCAGGCCCACAUCUCCAAAUCCCUCUGAGAAUAAAAGUUCACGUUUCUUCUCUUGUUCCUCCAAGUGUCGACAAAGACGGGAAAAACCAGCAUCUUUCAGCUGGAGCUGGGUCUCAGCCUGGUGCUGUAAUUAACAGAGAAAAGAAAUGCAGAUCGGCCCGGAAGGUUUUUUUGUUCGGGACAUUCCUCAAUCCUUAGGACAAACUUGGACUCCAAAGUUGCUGGAAUUCUGAAUAUCUUAUUUUACAAUGCUGGCAAUUAGACAGCCUCUCAUAAAAAAGGGAGAAAUGGGACGGCAGAGGGAAGCAUUUGCAUUUGAAAGAAGGCCACGCUCAGACGAAAUGGUGGGGCUCAUACUGAGCAAGCAUGAACCAGCUUGAUGGGGGGGCGAGGGUUUAGUUCUGAUAUUUUGGAUUGGAUAGUUUUUGUCCAUUUGUCGGUUUGUACAAAAAUAAAACCAAAUUGUGUGUUUUCUUUUUUUAUGUGUGUAGAUGGAAAUGCGUUCCCAAGACCAAGCUCUGAUCCGACAGCUAAUGGAGCUUCACUCGGGCAUCCAGGAGCUGAAGCAGGAGUUAUCCGAGGAAGAACAGGAGGAAAACACGGAUGAUGAAGAAGAGGAGGGCAGCUACUGGGACUCUGAGAGCGAAAGAAGCAGUGGUAGCGUCUACUCCGGCUCGGGGGAGGUUGGCUUUCCCGUAUACUACCCGAAGACACCUCUGCACCUUUACUCGAGAGUUUUGAGGAAGAGGGGGUUCUGCAGGAGAAGCUCUGUGCCUUAAAUGUUCAAACUUAUGUUUAGAAAUGUGUUUUCAAAGUGUGUCCUAACUUCCCUGGAUAUUUUUAGACAUCAGAGAAAGACGAGGUGGAGCAAGAUAUGUAUAUUUGCAAUUUCCCACCACAAAUGCAACAACUUGUCUGUAUAUUUUUAAAGUGAAGCUGAGAUAAGACUCAAUAAAAGCAUAUAAAUACAAUUAAGGGUGUAAAGUAGGCUUACGAUAGCUUCACUUUGUUGAUGCAAAAGGUUUCACUUGUUUUUGUAAAGCAAUUUUUACAUAUUGUUUGUACCGCAGAUGAAUGAAUGUAUGGAAACUAAUCUUAACUUGAAUACAGAACUGAAUGUUACUUUUUAAAGUUUAGGGGUGGUGCAAAACUUCUGCCUUACUUUUGCUUUGUGAAAUGAUAUUAGCAAGUGGCUUACAAGACUGUUGGACUCAAGUUUAAAGCUCCUGUAAGAAACUUUUUAAGAGCAUUGAUUUUGGCGCCUCCUGUGAUUGAAACUGGACCAUGAAUCUCUUUGCGGAUCUUGCAGCAGAUAUGACAAGCAUUUUAAUAACUGUUGAGAAGUAAUCAGUCUUUAAUUUAGGGUGACCAUAUUUUGAAAAAGAGGACAUGACUACGUGGGGGCGGAGUCACAGAGUUGCACGAAGUUAAUUUUGAGAAUUUUGAGAAUUUGUCUUAUAAUGCGCUUCUAACCUGAGUAAGUCCACAUGACACAAAAUCGAAACUCUCGUACAAAACCGCGGACAUUCGAAGGAUUUUAUAAACUUCCUCAGACAAAGCCGGACAGCCCCCAAUCAAGAGGACAUGUCCGGGUAAAAGAGGACGUAUGCUCACCCUAUUUAAUCUGAUGGUUUUGUUGACCAAUGUCGGACACAAAGAGUCGUCAUUUAUAAUUCCAGCUCUGCCUUAAAACUCUGUAUGGGAGCUUUAAGAAAAAUGAGGUAUGUGAAGAGGCUUCCCCGAAAUAUCACACUAUGCCAUCACAGCUAGAACAAUCUUCGACAGAGGAUAAUAAGUCCUGAGUUCAACAUUGACUCAAAGGCGGUUGUUGUCUUUAUGUACUAUUGUGUGUUACAAACUAGUAAAGCAUUUCUCUUUGUGUAGACAAAUACUUGCAGAUCCUAACCGAGUUUAAAGGAUGUUUUUGAGCUACAAAUGUGAGUGAGCCUGUCAGUAAUCCUUGUUGGAAAGCUCACUGACCUUUGUGACUGUAAACACCUUCAGAGUGGACUCAAUGUUGAGUCCGUUUUACUUCCGACUAACACGUAGAUCCAUUAGCAGGAAAGAAAACUUUAGUGAGACUGCUGAUGUACAGAAAUAUCUGAGCUGUAUCAUGUUUUUAAAUGUGACGAAUUGAUAAAUUUGAGACUUUUAGAAGUAUUUCAAACAGGUGCUGUACUCAUGUUGUAUGGUAUGCCAGUAAAAUAAAGACAUGAAAUCACU